AUGCUACUUCGUGGCUUCUCCACGCGUGCCCAUGGCAGUCGUCCUGCAGCAGAGAUCCUCCAGCUUAUGAGGCAUCUUGACGGCAACUCGCCGACAAAGCAGGUCGAGGUUGCUCUGACCUCCAAGCUGCCAGAGCUUCGCCGGGCGCCGCAGUCCAUCACCCCAGCCUUCAAAGAGCUGAAGAAGGCUGGUCAUGGGGCGCUGGCUUUCCAGAUCCUCCAGGUCCUCGUUGCAGACGGCCAGGUGAGGAUCGGUCUGCCCCACUUUUCUGCUGCCAUCGGUGCAUGCGCCGAGGCGCGGCGAUGGCAGCAUUCCCUGUCACUGUUUAGUUCCAUCCCGGACGCUCGACUGUGUCCUGAUGUGAUCAGCUACAGUGCUGCCAUCAGUGCCUGUGAGAAGGCCGGACAGUGGCAGGGUGCCUUGCAGCUUUUUAACGAUAUCUCCCAUGCGAAGCUCCCGCCGUAUGUGAUAGGCUACAACGCCACGAUCAGCGCUUGUGAGAAGGGCAGACAGUGGCAGCUGGCUUUAUCUCUGUUUGGGUCCAUAGCUGGGGCGGGCCUGGUACCAGAUCUCAUCAGCCAUAAUGCUGCCAUCAGCGCCUGUGAGAAGGCAGGGAAGUGGCAGGUGGCCCUGCACCUCUUUGCUUUCAUUUCUCAGAGCAGCCAGAGCCCCGACGUGAUCAGCUACAGUGCUGCUAUCAGCGCAUGUGAGAAGAGCAGUGCUUGGCAAAUGGCUCUGCAGAUGUUCGCUUCCAUGUCACAGGCUGGCCUCAAGCCCAAUGUCAUCAGCUACAAUGCCACGAUCAGCUCCUGUGAGAAGGGCGGGAAGUGGCCUCUGGCUUUGCAACUCUUCGGUUCCAUGCCCUCGGCAAAGCUCGUGCCGAACGUCGUCAGCUACAACGCCACGAUCAGCUCCUGCGAGAAGGGCAGCCAAUGGGAGCUGGCUGUGCACCUCUUCGACGGCCUCUUACAGAAUGGCCUCACUCCCCAAAUCAUCAGCUACAGUGCCGCCAUCAGCUGCUGCGAGAAGGCGGGGCAGUGGCUACCAGCCCUUCAGCUUUUUAACUCGAUCCUCAGAGCCAACCUCAGCCCGGAUCUCAUCAGCUACAGCACCACCAUCAGCUCCUGUACCAAGGGCUCCCAGUGGCUUGUGGCUUUUCAUCUCUUCCAAUCUAUGCAAGGUAUUCACAACCUGGCUCCCGAUGUCAUCAGCUACAACGCCGUCCUCAGCUCCUGUGAGAAGGGGACACAGUGGGAGGCUGCGGUGGGCCUCUUCGACGCCAUGCCGAAUGGCCCACCGUCGCUGGAGGCUUCUAGAAAGGUCUACCAGUCGCCCAAGACAUCCGAUACAUCGAGCCUUGGUCGGGGCGAGUUCCUGCAAUUCCUCGGCAUCUCUACCGCGGUGGCCAUCUUCACAGUAGGAUCUUUGCGCUCUCGUUUGCGAGCACAGGUGCCGGGAGAGCCGAACCUCUUGCUGAAUUCCUUUGCCUGCGGCACCACCCCUCUGCGAAAUCCGAAGUACUUGGGUGGAGGUGUGCAGGCAGAAGUGUUCUCGGCCGACACGGCUUCGAACAGACAGGCUGUUGUAAAGCUCAGUCGAGCCAACACCGACUACGCGAUGCACAGCCUUGCGCACGAGCGGAGAGUCCUGCAGGUCUUGAAUGAUGCCAAGGUUCCAAACAUCGAGCGCUGCAUUGGGUUUGGCGAGGUGACGACGACUGCUGGCCCUCGUCACGGUAUUGUGUUGAUGCCUUGCCUUCCAGGUCGUAACAUCUCGGCAAAGAACGGCUGCGGAAUCCCCAAGCUACUGGAGUCCCAGGAGAAAGAUCGCAUGGAAAGGUUCAUGACAACUGCCGUGCGCAUCUUAGAAGCCGGCGUGGCCGGGGUUGAUGUCCAGGUGCUUCAGUCACCAUCCAGCAACGACAUGCUUUGGAUCGACUUCACAGAGGCGGCGUUGUUGAAGACGCAGGGUUUAGGCAUCUCGGUGGAGGGCCCGCCGACCACUUGCCCGGAGUAUGCGAGGCGCUACCAGAGUCCUAAGGAUGCUGUGGUAGGAUUUGCGACAGAAGUCUUCCUGAUGGUGCCGGGAAGGUCGCACGAACACGCCGUUCAGGCUCUUGCGGGAGAGUUGCAGGAGCUCAGCGCACAGCGCCAGCGAGGUGUGGGCAGGACUUUCCAAGAUGUGUGGGCAAAGCUUCCAUGGAAGGUUGGUGGGCUGGAAACAAAGCGCUUGGAGACUGCCGCGAGUGGUGCAGUGAGAGUGGUAGCUGCGUGA